AUGGGCAACUUGAAUAGGUUCCAGAACUCAAUUUCCUACUCGUCACUGCCAGCCACCUUUCGAGACGCCAUCACCAUCACACGAAACCUGGGCAUCCAGUAUCUAUGGAUUGACUCGUUAUGUAUUAUUCAAGACUCUCGGGACGAUUGGGAGCAAGAGUCGAGCAACAUGGGGCCCGUAUUUCGCGACUCCACCCUGGGCCUCUUCGCUGCAGCGUCCAAGAACAGCAACGAAGGAAUCCUCAACAAAGAGCCUUCUAUUUCACACCCAAAAGAUGCUCAGCUUAAAGUCUUUUCUGACCCUGAGGAUUAUACCACCAUCAUAGCAUCUGUGAGAUGCUUUUUCCCACGGGAGUCAUUCAAACAGAUGUGGUCGCAGAGUCCCCUGGCCACUCGUGGCUGGACGUUUCAAGAGCAGGCUCUGGCACCGAGGUGCCUGAUUUACGGAGAGAAAGGGAUAUACUGGAAAUGCCCUCAAAACAUUCGCGCGUCUAAAUUGUCUCAUGUUCAUGUCCACGAUGUGCUGUUUAGGACGACCAAGACGAUAGACCCAAUCCUACACUCUCCUACUCCUCCUUACGACCCUAGGAUCUCCAUGGAUUUAUUCAAAGUAAUGGACGAAUAUUAUGAGCUUGUUUCUACUUACUCUCGACGAGCUUUGACGUUCUCCUCGGACAAACUACCCGCCAUGUCAGCGAUAGCAAAAGCUUUGAGCCACAAGCUUGCCCAAGAAAACGCAUCGCCCACGUAUCUCGCAGGACUGUGGGAGAUGGACCUUCCCCGGGGCUUAAUGUGGAAAUCCGUGUCAUCAUCAUACGUACCACACGUGCAUAUUUACCGGGCGCCCUCAUGGUCAUGGGCAACUACAGACAGCCCCAUCACCUUUGCCGGGAUAUAUGAAUCAGGUGGGGACAGGAUAUGGCGUACGGACCUAAGAGUUGUGAGCUGCGAGGUAUGUCCUUUAAGCCCUGGCUACCCUUUCGGAGAGGUCAAGAGCGGUCGACUUGUGGUGGAGGGCCGCAUGAUACCGCUGAUACGCAGCCGACAAGUGGUUCAGACGGAUGGUUUUGGGUUCAGAUCCAUAGGGCGGUGCAAAUACGACGAGUGCCUGGAUGGGGAAAACCCGUAUCUUUCUGCAUCACGCAUAUUCCCAAUUAAGAAUGGCAAACAAAGACUUCUCUUGACCUUCGUUGAGAAUUCUAGAGCAUUCGGCCGAUCCAACCUCCGCAAGGGUGGCGAGCUGGAGAUUGAUGAGGCAUCAUUUCGCGAGGAGGACUACAAGGCUGUGAUCAUCUCUAUUGCGGACAUUGAUCCCCAAGAACCUCAAGAAGAGGCGAUGGUAAGGGGUAUUUUGGUGCAGAGGCGUCCAGUGUCUGAGGAGUAUGAGAGGAUUGGCUCUCUACCAAACCUUGAUAUCACUUGCACGUGGCUUGAUUCAAUCCAGCGAGAGAGGUUGGUGAUUGUUUAA